AUGGAUUAUAAUCCAUAUACGAGUGGGUAUAAUUUCAGUGAUCUUCUUCAAAGUCAAACUGGUUUUGGUUCAUCAGAAGCUCCUGGAUUUGGAACUCAACAGAACCCGGAUUGCAACCUCGGUGCAGAGACCCCUGUAGAGCGCCGUGAAUGCAAGAAAUGGACCAGCUCAGAUGACAUUUUGCUCAUCACCUCAUGGUUAAACACGAGCAAAGAUCCAGUCACGGGUAAUGAGCAAAGAUCAGGCGCUUUCUGGAAUAGAAUAGCGGCCUACUUUGAGGCAAGCCAGUCUGCAGAGUGCGAACGGAGAGAGCCGAUGCAUUGUAAGCAUCAGUGGCAGAAGAACAACGAAGCUGUGUGCAAGUUCUCUGGCUCGUUCGAGGCUGAAACAAGGGAGAAGACCAGUGGACAAAAUGAGACUGAUGUUCUAAAAAAAGCGCAUGAGAUCUACUACAAUAACCAUAAGAAGAAGUUCAACCUUGAGCAUGCGUGGAGGGAGUUGCGCUAUGACCAGAAAUGGUGCUCUCUUUCAAGCUCUAGAGACGUUGGAAGCUCAAAAAGAGGAAGUUUGACGACGCUACCGAAUCAGAAACAUCUCAAGCGACUGAAAGCAAGACGUCCGAGUGUGAUGAAGGCAACACUCGUCCCCUGGGUGUGA